ACACCGGGAGGAGCAAUAAUUUGGCUUCCAUGACUCAAUAUACGCAGACUAGCAGCGGUGCUGGUGCAGGAACACUAACACCAAUGGAAGACCACUACUACCUCUACCUCGCCUUGGCGCUCGCGUCUCUGCUCGUCGUGAUCGCUAGUAAGCGCCGGCGCGCCCCGGCGGCGCACGGCCAUGGCCUGCGGCCGCCGCCGGGGCCGUGGCAGCUGCCGGUCGUCGGCAGCAUGCACCACCUCGCCGGCCAGCUCCCGCACCGCGCGAUGCGGGAUCUGGCGCGCCGCUACGGGCCGGUGAUGCUGCUUCGGAUCGGGGAGGUGCCGACGCUGGUGGUCUCGUCCCGAGAGGCGGCACGGGAGGUGAUGAAGACGCACGACACGGCGUUCGCGUCGCGGCCGCUGAGCACCACCGUGCGCGUGCUCACCAACGGCGGCCGGGACAUCAUCUUCGCGCCGUACGGGGAGCAUUGGCGCCAGCUCCGCAAGGUCGCCAUCACCGAGCUCCUCAGCGCCCGCCGGGUGCUCUCGUUCCGCGCCAUCCGCGAGGAGGAGGUCGCCGCCGCGCUGCGCGCGUGCGCCGCCGCGGCGGCGGCGCCGGGUGGCGGGCGGCCCGUCGAGAUGCGCGCGCGGCUGUCCGCGCUCGUGGCCGACGCCACGGCGCGCGCCGUGCUCGGCGACCGGUGUAGGGACCGCGACGCGUUCCUGCGGGCGCUCGACCGCUCCCUCGAGCUUUCCGCCGGGUUCAACCCGGCGGACCUGUGGCCGUCGUCCCGCCUCGUCGGCUGGCUCAGCGGCGCGGUGCGGCGAGCCGAGCAGUGCCGCGACACGGUGUACGGGAUCCUCGACGGCAUCAUCAGCGAGCACCUGGAGAUGAUGGACAGCGCCGGCGGCGCCGGCGAGGCCGAGGACCUCCUCGACGUGCUGCUCAAGAUACAGAGGGACGGCAGCCUCCAAAUCCCGCUCGACAUGGACGUGCUCAAAGCCGUCAUCUUUGACAUCUUCGGCGCCGGCAGCGAGACGUCGGCGACGACGCUGGAGUGGGCCCUGGCGGAGCUCGUCCGGAACCCCAAGGCGAUGGCGCGGGCGACAGCCGAGGUGCGCGGCGCCUUCGCCGCGCACGGCUCCGUGCCGGAGCGCGCGCUCGGCGAGCUCCGGUACCUGCACCUCGUCAUCCGGGAGACGCUCCGGCUGCACGCGCCGGUGCCGCUGCUGCUCCCGCGCGAGUGCCGGGAGCCCUGCUGCGUGCUUGGCCACGACGUGCCCGCGGGCGCCACCGUGCUGGUGAACGUCUGGGCGCUGGGCCGCGACGAGCGGUACUGGCCCGGUGGGGACCCCGAGGAGUUCCGGCCGGAGCGGUUCGAGGCUGAGGUCGGAGGGGUGGAGUUCAAGGGCGCCGACUUCGAGCUCCUCCCGUUCGGCGCCGGGCGGAGGAUGUGCCCCGGGAUGGCGUUCGGGCUCGCCAACGUCGAGCUCGCGCUCGCAAGCCUGCUGUUCCACUUCGACUGGGAGGCGCCCGGCAUCGCCGACCCGGCCGAGCUCGACAUGGCCGAGGCGUUCGGCAUCACAGCGCGCCGGAAGGCCGACCUCCUCCUCCGCCCCAUCCUUCGCGUGCCCGUGCCCGGUGUGUAGUCGACCUUCGUCCCCGCCGAGGUGCCGAGCCUACGGAUUGAUUAUUUGCUCGUCACCUGUGUCAGCGUUGGCUUCGCCGGAGAAGCUACUGCUCUGGACGACGAGCGCUUCCUGUUUCGUUGUGUUCUUUUACCAUGGGCCUUAUAACCUAUUAGUAGUGCAAGACCGAUAUGCCAAGCCCAUCUAAGACUAUGGGCCUAUUUGUUUUAAUCGUGGACCUCUCCAAUGUGUGCCCUUUACGUUUUGUUUCCACGGUAGAGAGUUGUUUGGACUUUGGACCAAAAGGUUUGCUCAUUGGUUGCUGAAUUGGGAUUUGGAGGGUACUGUACUGCACAAUCUAAAGGACCUAGCAGUGGCAACUUGAUAGUGAUAAAAUUAGGAAGAGGUCUCAAGCCCUGAUAACGAACUUGACGAAACCUAAGCGAUCUGGACGUGCUACACGGUGUGUGUGUAUAUAUAUAUAUUCUUAUAAUAUUCAUCAAUGUUUAAGGCA